AAACCAGUUUCUAAGAUUCACACAAGAAGGUUGGUAAGAAAAUAUCGUUGACAAUUUCUUAUUAUAAGAUGGCAAAACAAGAAGGUGAAAUCAAAAUUACAGAAGAGGAGCUGGAAAGAUUUCAAAAUGCAAUGAAGAAUGAAGAAUUUCGAAAAAUGUUCAGUGAUUAUGCAAAGGAAAUUUCAGAUCCUGAGAAUAGAAAGAAAUAUGAAGAAGAAAUAGCUCAUCUUGAAGCAGAACGAGGAAUGGAUGUUAAAUUCAUCAAGCCUCUGAAUGGUUUUGUUGUAAAGACGGCCAUAAAAGUGAGAAUGGCAUGAAAGCAUUUAUAAACAUGAGUCACAGCGAUGUCAUCACCAAAGCUUCCUUCAAAUGGGCAAAUCAGAAAAAUGUAAAAGGUCAAGAUUGGACAAUCCCCUAUAGUUUGAACCAACCAAGAGAUGACUUUGACAAAGUGGGAAAGAAGUGCAAAGUUUAUGACAUAAUUUUCAACACGCAAACCUUUCAAAUUGGACAAAAGGAUGCCCGUUUUAAGCAGCUCAUGAUCAACACAGCUUUUGAUGCAAUUGAAAAGAACUGGAAUGUUAAAUUGGACAGAAAAAACUUGAAAUACCCAAAAAUGUCGUUUAAAGGAGUCAAAACAUCAUCUGUCAUUCGAACAGCAAAUAAUAAAGGUACUAAAAAUCCUGGUGCGGACAUUGAAAUUGGCAACACAAGGCUCCCUUAUCCAUACAAAGAGGAAACACAAGAGCAACUUAAUGGAAACAUAGAAAAUAGGAGUCGUGUGAAAAAAAGUGAAAAUUUACAUGAACCUAAUGAUUAUUUAUCCCCUGUUAGCACCACAUAUACACCAAAGUACACUAUUGUACAUCGUGGACAUAUAGAUUUACAAAAUUUCACUUUUUCCAGAGAUUCAAGAGCUAGCAGCACUCAACCUCAAGAGCUUGUCGUCAACAUAGAUCUACCUUUGUGUGAGACUGCAGCAGGCAUAGAUUUGGACAUAUUUGAGAAGCAACUGGUAUUAAAGAGUUCCGAUCCAAAUUAUCAUUUAGAUAUAUCUCUGCCGUAUAAUGUGAAAGAGAGAGAAGGUCGUGCACAGUUUGAUAAAAGUAAACGUCGACUUUCCGUCACCUUACCUGUGCUACCAACGUCUCUGGUGACUGUGUCUUCUCAUGAGAACGCGGAUGGUGAUAGUGGAAACGUGGAUGGUGAUAGUGGAAACGCAGAUGGUGAUAGUGGAAACGUGGAUGGUGAUCGUGGAAACGCGGAUGGUGAUAGUGGAAAUGUGGAUGGUGAUAGUGGAAACGCGGAUGGUGAUAGUGGAAACGUGGAUGGUGAUAGUGGAAACGUGGAUGGUGAUAGUGGAAACGCGGAUGGUGAUAGUGGAAACGUGGAUGGUGGUCAUGGAAACGGGGAUAGUGGUAGUGGAAACGCCGAUGAUGGUCGUGAAAACAUGGAUGUUGAUAUUGGAAACGCUGAUGGUAAUUAUGAAAACGCAAACAGUGAUCAAGUAAACGAGGUUAUUGAUCGUGUAAAUGAUAAUGGAAACAUAGAUGGUAAUUGUGGAAACGAGAAUGGUGAUUGUACAGAAGACGGAAUGGAGAAUAAAAUGACAACCAACAAUGUAUCUAAUGAGAAGUAUAUUGAAGGAGUAGAGAAAAAUAAUUGUGGUAAUGUUGGUGAACAUGAAAUUGAAAUCGAUCGCGAAGAUGUCGUAAAACACGCUGAUGGCAAUAAUGACGACGAAAAAGUUCUCAAUUUCAAGAAAACGUCUCUUUCGACGUGGAAACUUUGCAAGAAGCCUUGAAAGAAGUUGACGAUCAUUGGUCGCAAAGAGAUGUCACUGUCCAUCAUAAAAUUGUUAGUUCAAACGAACGGGAGACUGUAAUAGAUCUGGAUGUAAAACCUGACGAUUUUUCUGCAGACACAAGUACAAUGGGUAACGUUGUGGCAAAAAUGGACGAGAUUCUUUUCUCAAACGAGAAUAAGGAUGGUAACUUCGAUGGAAAUGUUUUCAAUGAACCGAAAUGUACAGGUAAGAUGGACGAGAAUUGGAUAAAUGGGGAUCUUUAUGAAGUGUGUGUAUGUGUGCUGCUUUAGAGGUACACUGGUUGUAAACUGUGAAAUAUUGAGAUUUUAGAUUCACUCCAUUUCUCUUCGAUCUCUAUAAGAUUUUAGUUGUUGCAUAAAA